CUUGGCCGGGCAGUUAGCAGUUGGAAUAGCUGAGCGUCGACCGUCCUAAUGCUGCCAUUAUUAUUUGCCAUGGGGAGGGGCAUCGAGUAUCAGGUUAUUUUUUUCGCAAUGGACUUGAAAGCGCUUUUCUGGCUGUGCCAAGUUGUUACGAGGCGAAGCGCUCUUUUCCGUUCGUCUCUUCUCCCAGUAGUUAUGGGCAGCGGCGCUUAGGGCAGCGACAUGGACCAAGACCAGCCUAAUUGCCCGCCGGUUAAACUCAACGAGUUGCCGGACGACUCGCCCCUCGUGAGGGCCGCUGUGGCAGCGCUGAGGUGCAGAGCUGUGGAAGAGAACCUAGAGGUCCGCCAGUCUGACCUUUCUGACGCCGGUCUGAUCCGCUUUUUGCGGUGUCGAGACUUCGACAGCAACCUGGCCUGGAAGGUUUUCAAAAACUACCACAAAUGGAGAAAGGAAUGCCCAGAAAUAACUGCAAAUCUACAUCCACCCUCUGUUCUUAGCUUGUUGCAAACAGGCUACAGUGGAAUUUUGAAAGAGAGGGAUCCAAGUGGUUCUAGAGUUGUCAUUUAUAGAAUUGCACAAUGGGACCCUAAGAUAUUUACAGCAUAUGAUCUCUUUCGUGUAAGUGUUAUGCUAUCUGAGCUUUUGGCAAGAGAGCCAGAAACCCAACGGAAUGGAGUCAAGACAAUCUUCGAUCUCCAAGGAUGGAAAUUUGCUCAUGCAUUUCAGAUCACUCCAGCAGUGGCCAAGAAAAUAGCAUUUGUGCUCACAGAUGGUUUCCCACUAAAAACUCGAGGAAUCCACUUGAUUAGAGAGCCUCUAAUUUUUUACCAUGUUUUUAAUCUAAUUAAGCAUUUCCUCUCUGAAAAAAUCAAAGCACGGAUCCAUCUGCAUGGGAAUAACUUUGCACAUGGGCUCCAGAAACAUUUUCCAGCCAGCCUUCUCCCAGAAGAAUGGAAUGGUGAAGCAGGCCCUUUUGAAGAAUUUUCUAAAGAGCUUACUGACUUUUUAAUUGAAUCUACAGACUAUCUUCAAAAUAUUUCUCUUCUUGAAUAACCAUUGACAUGAAGUAAACUCUAUCUGGGACGGAGGAAUACUUAUUAACCAGAAUGGGGUACUGAUGAAGCUAAUGCUUUAAGUUGCAGGAUCCAAAGAUCAUGGAAAAUUUCAGCUGUUUUAAAUAGGUAUAGGCCCAGAACCCCUAUCCCCAAAAGAAACAAUUAACUCCAUUUAAAAAAAAUGCAGGUGCUUUUUGAUGCUUUCAGUCAUCUGAUCACUUAAAUAUAAAAUUACUUACGGAUCAAUAUCAGGUGUUAUGAUUUGAGAAUAAGGUUACUUACAAAAUAAAACGAGAAAGUAUUUUAUGUGAAGGGGAAUUGUUUCCUCCCUAGAAAAUGUUACACAACUUUUAAUUGUACCACCUGCUGAAAUUUGGCCUGCCAAAAUGUAAAUAUAGCUUCUGCUAGAUCAGAACAAACAUUUUCCUAGUAGCUAGCUAGAUGCCAAGGAGAAGCUGACAAACAUGGUGAAAUACUAAUAAGCUGUUUCCUGUGUUCGUAUCUGGUACUCAGUUUUCCCCCUAUUUUUAUGUCUUCUGUGAAUUAAGUAUUUCUUUAUUCAUUUUGGACUCCUUGUGAGUGAUGCUGUAUUCAGGCUAUUAAUAUGUGCACAUUUCUCUACAGUAAGCCUCUAUGUUCAGUGGGUUCUUUCUCAGCAGUAUAUGUGCCUACCUAGAAUUAAAUGCUAUAAUGCUAUAUUAAAUGCUAUAUAUUAAAUGUUACCCAAUACAAAUUUCUUUGGUUGAUAUAAAUCAAAAAUUUACCAAACAAAUUUACUAAUAUGUUAUAUCAAAACAAACACUAUCAAGAUAUAAUGUGAUAGCCUAGUUCACAUAGGGAUGGUUUACUUGGUUUAUGCUUAGCCACUGUAGCAGUGGUGAAAUCCUAACAGUUUGCACUGGUUCGGGCGAAUCGGUAGUGAUAGAAGCUACCAGUUCAGUGAACCGGUAGGAAAAAAAGCUACCGAUUGGUCUGAACCAGUAUUUCUGACGAUCAGCUGUGCCGCACAAUUUAUAUUUGCUAGAAAGCAGGAAAUGCUGCUUACCUUGUUAAGUGUCCUUUUUCUGUGCAAAGCACAUGUUUGGAGUGCACUGUGCAUGCACACAUGCACGUAGCAUGCAUUUGGUGCACACUGUGAUGCAACAUGUAUUUGGCGCGCAUCACACAUGCACGGGUAGCAAACUGGUGGCAAACCGGAGGAUUUUACCGCUGCACUAUAGUCUAAAACACAUACAAUAUGCUUUGAAACUUUGUGUAAAUAUACCCAUAGCUUUUAAACGGACUUUCUCUCAGGUGAGCUUAGAUGUUAUUUCAUGAUGUAAAAAAGGGUUAAUCAGCAGCUAUGUAUCAGUUGGUAUAGCAAUUACUCCUUUUUACUACUGAUUUUUUAAAUCUUAGAUUUUGUUCAUGUAAUUUAACUUUACUUGACAUAAUUCUCAGGAAUAUAGGUUUGGGAGCUUCAACUGCUGUAAGAAAAAAUCAUAAAAAUAAUAUUUAUAUUAGAAAGCCACUAAUGUUUCUCUAACAAAGGGCAUACUAUUAUCGUAACUUGGGCACAAUAUGCAUCUGAAUCAGAUAUAGAGGUAGGAAGUAGAAACAUUCAUUUUUAAAAAUACUUUUUCAGACACUAUAAAGGAGAUAUUUAAUUAAGUACUCAGUUUGAAAUAAUGUGAAAGCAAUAUAUGCACAUACUCAAGUCUAAACAUCCCUAUCUGUAUUAGAUAACCUUUUUAAGGGAAAUCAGUUUAAGACUACAGCAUUACAUACACUGAGAAUAAUUCUCAUUCCAGUUUCCUAAGACUGUUGACCAAGUUUUGUUCUUUCCUUUUGCAAAACAAAGGAUGAAAGAGAGAGGGAGAGGGAGAAAUGGGCAGGGAAAUAAGUAUCAGGAUCAGUUUGCAAAUCUUCUUUUACUGAGGGAAUAGACUGAAUUAUAUUUUUCCUCACAUUCUAUUGACUGCAAAGAAGUUUUUUUCAGUUGCCAGGAAGACUGAAGGAUUAAGAAAAGGAAAAGGAUUAAGUUUCAGACCCCACCCAACUGGUAGGACUGAAAUUUAUGGAGACAAGUUCUGAUAAGAAAUAUUUAUUAAAGAAAAGAUAGGAACUCUAACAAUGUCUGCCUUUUGUGAGUAAGUUAUAUGUAUGGCAACAGUAUUCAAGCCUUUUUCUGAGCAUUUUUCUUUGGGUCCCACCUCCGCCCCCUUCCUUUUGCACAGACAGACUAUUUUCCAUCUGUGCCUUGUUUUUGCUCAGAUUGUUUUUCUCUGACUGUGAGUGCUAAUUUCAAAGGCACAAAGUCUUCAGCAUAACUACUGCAGAAGCAGAAAAGGGCUUAAGGCAUUGGGGUAAUAUCGAUGACAAAAAGGACGAAGUGGCUAAGACGCUGAGCUUGUCGAUCAAAAGGUCGGCAGUUCAGCAGUUCGAAUCCAUAGUGCCUGUUGUGAGCUCCUGUUACUUGUCCCAGCUUCUGCCAACCUAGCAGUUCAAAAGCACGUAAAAAAUGCAAGUAUAAAAAAUAGGGACCACCUUUGAUGGGAAGGUAACAGUGGUGGGUUGCCCAGUUUGGACCGGUUCGCAAGAACCAAUAAUAAAACCGGCGGGAGGCUCUGCCCGCCACCCCAGAUGUCAUCAUAGGCGAUCUGCGCAUGUGCGCCUUUGACAUUUAGUCAUGCCGGUCACAUGACCAUGGAGACGUCUUCGGACAGCGCUGGCUCUUCAGCUUUGAAAUGGAGAUGAGCGACCCUAGAGUCGGCUAGCACAUAUGUGCAAGGGAAACCCUUUACCUUAAUAUUGAUGAUAAACUGCCCUGGAGUGCUAGCAAGUCUGUCAAAAAGCAAAUCUGCCAGCUUGUGUGGCUACCAGCUGAGAAGUAAAAGAACAACUAAUGUAGAAGGAUGCCAGAAUUGGGUAACUGGACUGCAUUUCCAGCGAAUCUUCCCAGAUAGCCCAAGUUAGAAUUCCUUGUAUGGCAUUGCAUCAACAGAUGACUUUCAUCAAUAGCCUACAGAGAGAUGCUUGAACAAAAUCUCACUCACUUCAUCUGCAUGAUCCAAAAUCCUAGUGGGAACAACCAGUAUGGAAAACAUUGAAAGUAAAAGCAAAGUCAUGUACAACAAGGUUUCUCAACCUUGGCCACUUCGAGAUAUGUAGAUUUCAACUUCCAUGCUGGCUGGAAAAUUCUGGAAAUUGAAGUCCAUACAUGUUUGCCAAGGUGAUAUUUUCUCUCAGAUAAGCAUACAAAGUAAUUUCUUAACAGAUAAAAAAAAAUAAAAUGACAACUAAAAUAACACUUUAAUGAGUAAAAACAAAUACAUACAUAUUUACUGCAUUAAAAAUACAGAAAAUUCAUGCUCCUGAGUUUUCUAGGCAUCUUUCUAAGUAUCAUGCUUUUCUAUUCUGAUUAUAAUUUUUUUUAGUAACAUUAAAGUUUAUAUUUCUAUGGAAAAGGAUUUACUAGAUAAAGACUAUUUUCCAAAUUGUUAAAUCAGCUAAAAAACCUGAAGGCAAAUAUUUUAAAGUUGUAAACAUAAGAUCUUUCCUUGGAGCAAACCCACAAGAACAAUGGGAUUUAGCAUACAUAAAAAGAAAUUGAUUAAUUCAAUAAUGAUGAGCUUAAGAUGCUGGUGUUAUGCUGUAUUUUUUAUUUGUCUUUUGCAGUUCUACUAUGCAAUUUGCAUUUUUAUAAAAGUUACAGAAAUGUUAAAAACUGUUAACAUAUAAUAAAGUAUUAAUAGUAUAAA